AGGAUUGUCUCUUUUAUCUGUCUUUAGUAGGCUACAUGGGCACCUGUUGGCAUCGGAGGAAGCAAAUGACAGUGAAUUGUAACUUGAUUUGAAUACACAGACUAAGAUUGAUUCUAACUCUUAUUAGGUUAUUCAGAUCAGUAAUUUUAGCGAGUGUUUGUAAUGUUAUUUACAUCGCUAAUGACUGCAAACAGUUAAAAAAUAAACCAGUCUCUGUGUCUCAGAAGAUGAACAGAGUGCAGAUUGUUGUUAACCCAGCCUGCAUGCCAUCUGCAGGUCUGUCUACUGAGGGGAUCGAGGCUCGGAAGGGAUUAAUCACCGCAACCUAGCCAACAAGCUUUAUUCCCCUCUGUAGAUAAUGACAUAACCGUGUUAUACAAAAAAAUCUCCAGUGAACCGCAAGCAGUGACGAGGAAAUGUAUCAACCAUCCGAAGACACAGGAUUAUUUCGCUCGUAGUGCGUCGACUCGUCAGGGGAGAGGAUCCUUAUCUGCCCCCGCAACCACUGAGCUGGUCUCCUCUUCUUCUUCCCUGUGCAUGUGUGUUUCUGCGGGAACAUACAAGUCAAGGUCCAGUGAGAGUCUAAAAGACGCGCCCACUCCUUGUUGCGCACUUAUUGUUAAAGAAAGUAGGUUAUACCUGCUGUGCAUCCAGAGAGGGUUUUUUCCAUGGGAAGAAUACAGCUUCACUGCUGCUAAACAACUCAGUAUAUCGUUCAGAGAUGGUUCUCCAAAGGAUUUUUCGUGCUGUUAUUAUGGGACCACCGGGGUCGGGGAAAGGAACCGUGUCUGCACGCAUUACCAAAACUUUUGUGCUAAGCCACAUUUCUAGUGGGGACAUUUUGAGAGCCAACAUCAACGCCAAAACUGAGCUGGGUCUGUUGAUGAAGUGCUGUAUUGAUCAAGGUCAGCUGGUACCCGAUGACGUCAUGUCCCGUAUCAUCCUGCGUGACCUGAGAGCAAUGGACCACAGCAGCUGGCUGCUCGAUGGUUUCCCUCGUACAGUAUUCCAGGCCGAGGCUCUGGAUGACGCACACAGUGUGGAUACAGUCAUCAACCUUAAUGUACCUUUCAACACAAUCAAACAGAGGCUCACUUCACGCUGGACUCACCUUCCCACCGGCAGAGUCUACAACGUGGAUUUCAACCCGCCUAAAGUCCCCGGUUUGGAUGAUGAGACAGGGGAGCCUCUGGUCCAGAGGGAUGAUGACACACCUGAUACGGUCACACGGAGACUGAAGGCCUAUGAAAACCAGACAGAGCCAGUCUUAGAGUACUACAGGAGUAAAGGUGUGCUAGAGACCUUCACUGGAACAGAAACCGACAAGAUUUGGCCGCACGUCGAGGCUUUCCUCCACAAAAAACUCUUCUCCAUCAAACAGAAAGUCGCAUAGAAAGCCUGAUCAGAGAAGCACAAGAAGGGGUAAAGUUUACCAGGAGAAACCACUCUGUACUCACAUCGUCCAAGCAGGUGCCUCUUUCUGUAAAACAAGAACUAUCUGGUUAAUAAUGCAUUCUGAAUGUACAAAGUGAGGAGCUUUCUAUCACUCAUACAGUAUGUCAGGAAGUCUUAGCCAGACAAGAGAUGUACCUGUACUCCACUUUUGCACUGUUUCCACCAUGUUGUUGACACUAGUUAAAAGAACUCAUAACAAACGAAAAUUGGUUGUAAGAAUGUAUAGUCUCUUUAUAUAAAAAUGUGCCUUUAUAAAGCCAGGAGACAUUAAGGAAUCAGAUAUUGAGAUCUUUAACAUUAGCAAAUCAUUGUUGCUCUAUAAGAAGUUUUAGUGUUUAGGUUUUCUAAAUGCAAUCCUUAAUUAUUUUCUUAGUUGAUGAAAAGAAUGGGCCACACACAAGAUAUUUAAGGUAUAUAAGAGACAUUUCAGUUACCGGUAGUUUUUUUCACUUUGAAAGCAAUAUUGCAUGGGCAUUUUGCCCUGGCAUAACUGGAUCUGUGUUUUAUCCAGAGGGAAAUACUAAAGGGAACUGUGCCAAGUUUAACAAAUUACUGUAAAUUCACUUUAGCAUUUAAGUGCCUCUUUCCACUCGUGGAAAUGUUACAGGUAUUUCAGUGAAUGUAGUUUGUAAAUAGGUACCACAGAUUUAAUAAUGUAUAAACCAAAUGUAUUAUACUGAAUAUUUAAUUAUCAUGUAACAGUUUCUUUUGACCACCUUUAGUCUUGAAUACACCCCAGUGAUUCCAUUUGAACCAGACAUUCCUCAUUACGAAAAGUCAAUAAAUGUACACAGAUAUUUGCCAUUAAAUGUUUCUUAACUGAAGUUUUAUUGAAAGUUGUUUUAACAUUAAAUAUUUAAAGCACC